AUGAUGGAGAAUCUGUUACAACUCUCUUUCAUUCGUUCCGUGUCUCAGCUUUUCUCCGAACUGCAACUAUGGAGUCCAUUUCCUUAAGGCAUGCAAUCUCUGCAACACAUCACACCUAUCUCAGGAGAACAAGAGUAAACCCAGAAAAGCCAUUUCAGACAAAAAGGUUUCACCUUCACAACCCAACUGGCCGUUUUCAAAUCCAUUCCAAACUCUCCGAUUUCCAAGACUAUGCAAAGCCUUCACGCCUAUUGCAAGCCACAGAAGUGAAUGUCUGCACAGAUACGUCAGUGGAAAAAAGCUUCUUGUCAUUAAGGGAUUAUGAAUGUCAGGCUUUAUAUAAGGUCAAGCUAGGUACUAGUAAUGCUUAUGGUUCAAGUCUCUCCGACCUUACUGCUGGAAUCCUCCUGUGCAUGAUAGACGAAAAUGGUAACUCCAUACUACAGAGGAUACCCUCGAAUUUGAGACCGGAUGAAUCUAAAGAAGUAGAGGAUGAGAUAAUUCAGUUUCAAAGAGGUUCUGUUGAUGAGUUCACCUUUAAGGGACCUAAACUUGGAAAAGUUGAAGCUCUUUGGAUCAGUCUUGAAUCAGGCCAAUGGAGGUUAGGAAGUGUGAACUUGACUGUUAUAUAUGCGAAUCAUAUGUCUUUGGAGGAAACAGAUGGAGAGGAACCUCAGUAUAUUGGUUUCGAUUACCACUUCCAAGCUGAGGACAUCUUGCUCGGAGAGGGAAGUGACAGCUCCAUGGUGGAACUUCGACCUUGCCUUGUCACCAAGCUAUCUGGGGUUGACCCCUUCACCAUGUUGACUAAAAGCCUCCCUGAAUCAACUCUAUCCGAAAGCCGUGGGAUAUCAAACGAGGAAACCAUGAGAGAAUACGCGGAUUUGAAGUUCUCUUUGCUACUUUACGAUGCCAUACUGGUCUUGGUUGGUACAUCAGUUGCAUCCUUUUCAGUUGGGGAAAAUGCCGGUUCUGCAUUUUUAACAGGUGGGAUUGGUGGCUUCUUGUAUCUUCUUCUACUGCAGAGGUCAGUUGAUGGAUUACCUAUUCCAGAAUCAAUUUCCGUGGACAGCAAAAGCACCAAUCAAAUGUUUGGAGGAAUGAAGAGGCCAAUCUUUGGCCUUGCAUUGGCUCUUGGUUUUGCUUUAUUUACAGUGAAGUAUAGCUCUGGGGAUGUCCCAAUGGUUUUCACAGCAAAAGAAGUCUUGGCUGGGAUGGUGGGAUUUCUUGCAUGUAAAGUUGCUGUGGUUUUGGCAGCAAUUAAGCCCAUGACAAUAGACCUAAAGAUAAAAGACUGAUGUAUCAUCUUUGUAAUCUGCAAUGGAGACGAAUCAGCUGUAUAUAUUAGGUAAGAAAGAUUGCAGCGACAGUCUCAUUGUUACCUACAAGUUACACCAUUAUCAAAGAUCAGAGAACCAAAAAUUUACAAUGUAAAGUUGCUAGCGAGGUACACAUGACUUUGUACAGUUUAUACUUUGCCAUAUAUUAAUAUAAACAUACAUAUUUA